AUGCCCUUUCAGAUCCUCAGGGACGCCGGUGCCAACUUGGCCGCGUGCUCCAGAGGAGUGCGCAGGUACUGUCAUCGACUGUACCGUCGCAUCCUUGGACGAGACGGUGCUCCUCAGCAGGGUGAGGAUGUUCAGCAGAGGGGUCGCGUCGCCAACCCUCUCGUCAUCCUUGUCACAGAGAUUCUGGCAACUGACAUCUCCGUCUCUCGAGCAAUGGUUGCUCAACUCGGCUUCGGCCUGGUGUACGGUGUUGCAGUCAGCGCUCUUCAUCUGCCACUAGGGCGCCGAACUCGCUUGAGAACGGUUCUCGCACUGGCGGGUGUCGUGCCCGCGGCCGUAUACCUCCUCCCUGGCGGCCCGACGCUUCAUGUUGUGCCGAUGAUCAUCAUCUCCGCUGGGGCAGGGACUGAGAUCCAGCACAACCUCCUUUUCCGGAGUCGCAAUUGGACAGCCGACUCGGUCCUGCGACCUCAGAGCUCGGUGGAGUGCCUCUUGAUGGCUUGGCUGAUUGCCGUUGGAGGUAACGUCAAAGAAGUCAGCCACUUUAUUCAAGCUGGCGCGGUGCUUUGCUUGGAUGUGCUCUGUUCAUCGAUCGCCACCAGGUCUUUGACGAAGUUCUUCCUCCGAGUGGUCUUGGUGACGCUGGGGUUGGCUAUUGAGACCGCCGAGGUGAGGUCACACGCUCUUCUCAAGGACAGAAAGAGUGUACGGGAGGCCGAGGAGAAUCCCGCGGCAAAUGGCGUUCUUCCUCUUCAGAAGAACGAGCUCCCAGUCCCAGCGUGGGGUGAGUUUAAGAAGAGCUUCGAGCCGUGGGUUGAGCAGUGGAUGGACUGA